UUGGACGGUGUCAUUGUGCGUGUUUUUAAGGAUAAAGAAACAGUGAAGAAGAAAAAGAAGAAGGAAAAGAAAGAGAAAAGGGAUAAAGCGGAGAAAAAGAAAAAGCAUAAGCAUCACAAAAAGCACCACAAGCAUCACCGUAGCAAAUCAGCUGCUUCUGAAAACGAGUCUGAUGAGGCUAAGCCGUUCGUUUUCAGGCUUACCGCCACGUUUGUGACACCCGAUGGAAAGAAGUACUCUGGAUCAGCUAAGACCGGUGACACUUUGCUGGAUGUUGUUAUAAACAACGAUAUUCCUUUAGACGGUUUCGGUGCUUGUGAAGGCACACUCUCCUGUUCGACAUGUCAUGUGGUUCUGACAAAGAACGACUACGACAAGUUAGAAAAACCUUGUGAGGAAGAAUUGGAUAUGCUGGAUUUGGCUUAUGGAUUGACUGAAACGUAA